AUGGGCAAACAAUUUCAACCCAAGCUUGCUCCCACCGAGAGCCCGUGGACCUACAACCGCCCCGCCAGCGCCAAGCUGCACCUCGACAAGGUCGUCCAGCUCCCCGUGCUCCUCGUCCUCGGCAGCGUCGCGCAGUGCCUCCUCUCCAUCGCCCUGCCCGCGCGCUGGGCCGUCGUGCCGCUCCUCGGCUACCUCGCCAUCAGCGGCCUCUCCCUCCUCCUCAACACCACCACGUCCCGCCACGCGGCCCCCCUGCCGCUCAACGUGGUCCCCGGGCGCGCCGCCGCGCAGCUGCCGCAGCGCGACGGCUCGUUCCUCGCCACGCCCGCCGAGGACCAGCUCGUCGUGUUCCACAUUGCCGCGCAGUUCAACCACCCGCUCGGGCCGCUGUGCCCCGGCGGCAAGGCCACGGGCGAGCGCUUCGACCGCCUCGUCGCGGACCUGCGCCGCCGCGCCGCCGAGCUCGGCGUGCUGUCGGUGAGCGCCUGGACGGGCGCCGUCGACGGGUCGUUUUCGACAAACACCAUCAUCUACUUCAAGGACCUGCAGAGCCUGCACGCGUUUGCGCACGAGGACAUGCACCGCGAGGCGUGGGAGUGGUUCGCGGCGCAGCGCUUCCCGCACCUCGGCGUCUUCCACGAGACGUUUCUGGUGCCGCGCAAGAGCUACGAGUGCGUCUAUCUCAACUGCAAGCCGCUGCUGAUGGGCAGCGCGGCGAGCCUGGCGCGGGACGAGAAGACGGGCGAGGAGAGGUGGGUGAAUGCGCUGGUGAGUGCGGAUACGCCGGUGCUGAAGACGCAGUAUGCAAGGAUGGGGCGGGAUCGUAAUGGUGUCGUGGUUGAGUAA